AUGAUGAAGGCGCUUUCUAUAUCAAUGCCAGAAUCAAUUGCAAUUUAUGUGACUAUCUCAAACACCCCCACUAUCUCAGCAUUCCCCAAAUUUUUGCCAGAUGAGAUUAUUUACGGAGAAAUAACUCGCGGAGAUCAUGUUCUAAUGAUUCAAGAAACUCUGUUUUCUUGUGGUGGCAUUGCAAUUGGUGUUGUGGCUUCGCACAAGAUUUUUGAUGCAACUGCUCUUUGUGCGUUCAUGAAAACUUGGGCUACUAUCGCUCGAGAUUCAAUUGAAGGAGCUCUGGCUCCAGAUUUUAGUGCCUCAUCAAUAUUCCCCCAAAACCAUUCAUUCCCAGAAGAUCUAACCACUUCAGCUUUGGCAAGUGUAUUGUAUAAAAAUAACAUGUCUGUUACAAAGAGGUUUGUGUUUGAUGGAUCAAUCUUGAGCAAUCUCAACGCCAAAGCAGCAAGCUCAAUUGUGCCCAACCCGACACACGUAGAGGUUGCCUCUGCAUUCAUUGUUAAAUGCAUGCUGUCUGCAUUGAAGAAGGUAAAACCAUGCAUCCAGAAAUCAGUUUUGGUGGGAAAUUUAGUGAAUAUGCGACGAAGGGUUGUCCCACAAUUCCCAGAAAAUUCUCUGGGAAACUUUGUGAUGAUAGCGCUCAUGAUGUCAAAAUCAGAGGGUGAGGGAAUAGAGCUAUGCGAUUUCGUCCACCAGAUGAGGGAAGCUGUUAAGGCAAUCAACGAUGACGUUGUGAAGAGCUUUGAAGGAGAUGAAGGAUCGGAAAAUCUUUGUGGGGCCAUGAAAGAGAUUCUUGAAUUAUCUUUGAAGUCUGUAUCCGAAGGAAUGGCUCUUGCCUUAUUAAUUGCUGGUGCAACUUUGGGGCACAUGAAGUCGAUUACGGGUGGAGAAAGCCUUUUUGGGUUCUGUUUCCCGGUGUGGCGGAAGCGGUGGCUGAGCAUGCGAUCAAUUUUGUGGAACAUGAUGAGGAACUACUCUCUUUAG